GGAUGGGAUGAAAGCACCAUUGAAUUGUUUCUUCAUGAACUUGCUAUAAUGGAUAGCAAUAACUUCCUGGGAAACUGUGGUGUUGGUGAGAGGGAAGGAAGAGUGGUGUCAGGACUUGUUGCCCGAAGGCAUUACAGCUCUCUAGACUAGGAUAUGCAUGGGAGGGGAGGAUAUCUGAGGAAGUUCUGCUUUUGGACAGUGCUGGAGAAAGAGUGCCUGGCUUCUGGCCAGAGGGAGCCUGAACUGGCCUUCACUAUUGUUGUUCCAAUGCAGCUCUGUCACCUGGCAUCUCGCUUCUCCUGUGAGUGUCAGCAAAAGCAAGGUGUCCUCCACUUCUUUCUGCAAUUGAUCCAUGGAAUUGGAAGGUCAGGUGAUAUUUCUGCAGUACAGCCUAAAGCUGCAGGUUCAAGCCUUUUGAACAAGCUUACUAAUUCAGUAGUUCUGGAUGUUAUAAAACUGGCUGGUGUCCGGACAGUGACCAGUUGCUUUGUGGUUCCUAUGGCAACAGGCAUGAGUCUAACUCUGUGUUUUUUAACAUUGAGGCACAAGAGACCAAAAGCAAAGUACAUUAUCUGGCCACGUAUAGACCAGAAAUCUUGCUUUAAAUCAAUGAUAACUGCAGGUUUUGAGCCUUUGGUGAUAGAAAAUGUAUUAGAAGGUGAUGAGCUACGGACAGACCUUGAAGCAGUGGAGGCCAAAAUCAAGGCUCUUGGUGCUGAAAAUAUUCUUUGUGUGCAUUCUACGACAUCUUGCUUUGCUCCAAGGGUACCUGAUAGGCUGGAGGAGCUGGCUGUGAUUUGUGCUAAUUAUGGCAUUCCACAUAUUGUCAACAAUGCCUAUGGAGUUCAAUCUUCAAAAUGUAUGCAUCUUAUCCAGCAGGGUUCUCGAGUUGGCAGAAUAGAUGCUUUUGUUCAGAGCUUGGACAAAAAUUUUAUGGUUCCAGUAGGUGGUGCUAUUAUUGCUGGCUUCAAUGAGUCCUUCAUUCAGGAGAUCAGCAAAAUGUAUCCAGGAAGAGCAUCUGCAUCUCCUUCUUUAGAUGUCCUCAUUACACUUCUGUCUCUGGGAACUAGUGGCUACAAAAAGUUACUGAAAGAGAGAAAGGAGAUGUUUUCAUAUCUUUCAAGUGAACUGAAGAAGCUGGCAGAUAACCACAAUGAGAGACUGUUAGACACACCACAUAACCCCAUUUCCUUAGCCAUGUCACUGAAGAAUCUGGAUGAAACUAAUGAUGCUGCUGUUACCCAGCUUGGAUCUAUGCUUUUCACAAGACAAGUUUCUGGAGCAAGAGUUGUUCCCUGUGGGUCUGUACAAACUGUGAAUAACUACACUUUUAAAGGGUUUAUGUCACAUGCAAAUGACUAUCCUUGUGCGUACCUCAAUGCUGCCUCAGCAAUUGGAAUUAAAAAGCAAGAUGUUGAUGUAUUCCUAAAAAGACUUGACAAGUGUUUGAAGACUUUUAGAAAAGAAGCAAAGCAAGAAAAAAGUAUAAAUGAAAUAAGUGAUGUUAAUACAGACGCAGAACAACUUGAAGACUAGAAGAUACAAAUUUAGUAACACAGGAAGAUAAGGUUUUGUCAGAAGCAUGUCAGUUUUGUACUGGGUUAGGACUGUGCAUCUGCAGUGCAGAAAUUUAUCCUUGAUCUUAUAUUCUUGUUACUGAAAACAAUAAUAAAAAUUUGGGUGGAAUUCAGCUUUAAGAACUUAGGUUAUACUUACUCCAAGAACAAAGGACCAGACUCAAGUUUUUUGCAAUAUAUGAAAUGCAGUUACUAUCUGCCAAGUACAGCUUUAUGUUCACAGAGAUCUAGAGUUUGCCUUUCAAUCUGUGUGUGGCUCUUUGUUUACUAAAUCACAGUAUGUUUAUUCACAUGUUUUGUUUAACAGUAUUGGCUGUGGUGGUGACUGAAUUCCCUCCUAGGUAUAGACCAUCCAAGCAACAUAUUUCUCUGCUCUCAAAAUACUUGUUUUUCAUCAGUGACUGUGUCACUUUUAAUUUCUUUUAAAAGCUUUUUGCAAAUGUUGGGAUAGCACUUAAUAAAUACAGUGUUCAAACUGCAUGAGUAAAUGACAGAGUUGGAAUAGUAAUGUUUUUCAGGUGUUCUCACCUGUCAUGAUCUACCUAGAACCAGUCAGCCUCCAGUGGCAAAGAGGAGCCUAGAGUACUUCACAUCCUGUCAGUACUCAGCUCUUGAAAACGUUUGCAUAGUUCAGCAGCCCAAAGGAGCUUUAAUACUGAAAGUCAGGGCUUUUGAAGAAGUACAGUCACUGGGGGUUUUGGCUUUGGUUUUUUUUUUUUUUUUUUUUUUAAUUUUUGUUCUUCUCAUUUCAUAGGGUAAUCAGAUCAAAAACUCACUGAAAAGGGGGAAUGCCUUGUAGCACUAACACAUCAGUUUUAAGAGCCAGUAAGACCUGAGAGUAUUUUGGCAUUUUCAGUCUGUUGUUGAAAUUUAUAUACUUCCAUUUUUGUUGUCUCUUGCCAUUGGCAGUGUUGCUUCUGUGGAUGUGUGCAGUUGUUGAUUUGAAUUCAUUAAGCAAACAAUAGAUUCUGAGUCUGUUCCUCAAACAAAGGUUCCAUAUCACUGGAGUGACAAUGCUGCAGGUUGCAAAAUGUGUAGUUAUUCUUAAAUGUGGUUACUACAUUUGUACAUAGCUUCUAUGUAAUUUACUGUUCAAAGUAAGCAUAAUGUUCAAAGACAUUUUCUUUGUCUGUAAUGUAGUGUUGUUCAGGAUAACACAAUUAAUGAGUUCUAAAUGUCAGGUAAUGUUUUGGUCACUUUAUUGGGUGGGGUCUGAGACAUGUAUCCUUCAGAGUCCUCUGUAAAUCACAUAAUCAAAAUAGUGGUGCCUUUGAGAGAUUGUCUGUCCAGCACAUUCAAAUGAAUUCAUGCAAGAGCUGAUGCUAGUAUGUGGGAGUUAAUAAUGUGCUAAUCAUAAUGAAGGUGCUCUCAAUUAAUGAGGUUCAUUGUAUCUUCAGCUUAAGUUGAACUGCUGCUUCCACGCUGUUAUUGCUGGAGUUAUGUGUUAGAUUGAUUCAAGCUUGUGCAGGUACAGCUCCCCAGACUGCAGUCACCAUUGUUAUCUGCUGUACAAACACAUCCUGGGAGACACAUCAGGUUUCUCUCUCUCUCUCUUUCCCCUCCCUUCCUUUUUUUUUUUUUUUUUUUUUUUUUUUUUUUUUUUUUUAAUGAGAGCAUGCUGUAUCUCAGUUUUUCCAGUCUGUAAGACUUCCACAAACUUUGGAGCCACAUCUCUGCAGCUUACUGCCUCAGUAUUCUGUAUAUUGGAGCAGCCGGUGAAAACCAUCAGGCCUUAGUGAUACCUUUCUUCCUGGUUUUUGAUAUUGUCUGAAUUAGUGUAAAUUAUUGAUUUAGGUGACCAGUCACAGAAUGUGAAUGUUAGCACUGUCGCUACAAGAGUUUAGGGAGAUGUGUGAUAGCAGCUAAAAUAAGCAUGUCAAUGUGUAGUAUCCUGAUUCUGAAUAAAGAAAACAGCACUUGCCUUCUCUGAGAGGAAGACAUUUCUACCUUUUUUUUGGUCUCAUGAUAAAUUGUCUCCUGAAAGUAAUUCAGUCACUUCUAACAUGGAUUGAACUGCUUCCUCGAUUAAUGUUUUUUUCUGUCUUUGGAGUGUUUCCCAUUUGCAAUCAAAGCUGAAAAUUUCAACAAAGCUCUGAACAAGAGUUCAUAGGCCUAAGUAGUUUUUGAUUUUUACUUCUUAAACCUUUUUAUUAAAAAGAAUAAGGUGAUGGCUUUAAUUAUAAACAAAUAUAAAAUUUAAUUUAUGUCAUUCAAGUUCACAGAUUGCCACCUGAAGUGAGAAAAUCUAAAAUAUUUUGAGAAAUGUGUCCCACCACAAUGUAUAAACUCUUGACCUAAGUAUUCAUGUUAUAUUGCUUUGAUAAGCUUUUGUAGCAGUUUUCAGUUUUGUUUGCUUGCUUUAUCCCCAUAAAUGUCUUUAAUUUUAAUUAAUAGUAUUUUUUUUAGAGACAGAACCAUUCUAUUAUGUCACAUGAUUGUAAGGCAAUUUUAAGUAAUUCAAAUGGCAAUAUCCUUCCAAAUAAAUGGAGGGAGGAGUAAAUGGAGGAGACA